AUCAUGGAACUUGCCCUGCUGUGUGUGCUGGUGGUGUUGGCUGGCGUGAGUCCCACCCAGGGCAGCAUCCUGAACCUGAACAAGAUGGUACAGAAGAUGACUGGGAAGAUCCCCAUCUUGUCCUACUGGCCCUAUGGCUGUCACUGUGGACCCGGCGGCAAAGGCCAACCCAAAGACGCCUCGGACUGGUGCUGCAAUGCCCAUGACUGCUGCUAUGACCACCUACGUCAACAUAAGUGUAAAUCCUUCACAGAUAAUUACAAAUACAAGUUUUCCAAUGGGACCAUCGUGUGCUCUAACCAGGGAAGCUGGUGUGAGCAGCAGCUGUGCACCUGUGACAAGGAGGUGGCCUUGUGUCUGAAGCGCAACCUGGACACUUACCAGAAGCACCUGCGUUUCACCCAGCGCCGCCGCUGUGGGAAACAGACUCCUCUGUGCUAGGAGAAGCUGCCCUGCUCUCUGCGCCCCCAGCUCUGUUCCUUUGCACUGUGAGCUCCAAAAGCCCCACGGGGAGCUAACACCCCGCCCCGGUGUCGGACCCCAGCAUCUUCUGAGGCACUGCUCUGCUUGCUGCCUCGACUCCUUGGCCCA